AAAUAAUCUCAUUAAUUCCCAUCAUUUUUCCCCAACGUUAGUGUCUCCUCUAAUCCCUUAACAUCCACCGCUCCUCAUUCUGGCAUGGAGGAGCGGUCACCACCUGCAGCGGGCGGCAAAGCCAGAAAUCUCCUUUCAUCAGCCACAUCGCUUCGCCUCUCUCUAACACCGGCUCGUUCACAAGAUCAUACCUACGUUGUUCAAAUCCCUCGUGAUCAAGUUUAUCGUGUCCCUCCUCCUGAAAAUGCCAAAAUUGUUGAAAAUCAUCGACAACCAGAGGCUCAAAAGAAAAGGAAAUGUACAUGUUGUUGUUGGAUGUUUUCAGCGUUAUUACUUAUAGGUAUUGCGAUUGGAAUCAUCGUGUUGAUUGUUCACACAAUGUACACACCUAAAUCUCCUGAAUUUUCAAUUAUUAAUGUUCAUUUCAAAAACGUUACACAACCUUCAAAUGGACAAAAGAAUAAGAGUCAUCCAGUCCCUCAAUUUGAGAUCGAUUUGAGAAUCGUUAACAUUAAUGAGAGAAUGGAGGCUUCUUUUGGUAAAGGUGAUAAUGGAAUAGCGGCUCUUAAUUUUAAGAAUCAUGAAAUUGGACAUGGGAAAUAUACCGCGAUUUCUCAACAACCUAAAGAUUCAACAAAUUCUCAAUUUAAUCUUGAUGCUGGGAAAUUACCUGCUGAUUUUCAGAAAAGUCUUAAUGAUGACAAGAAGGCGAUACCAAUGACUUUAACUAUUAAUGCACCAAUGGAGAUUACGAGCUGGGCAAAAACAUUGAAAAAAGAAGUGACUGUUACGUGUGAUUUCGACGUUGAAUCGGUGAAAGGUAAAUCCAAGAUCAAAUCCGAAGAUUGUAAGACUGAUUUUUAAAUGCAAACAAGAUGGAUCGUACGUGAAGUGUCAAAUUGUUUUUCUACGUGGUUUCGAUGCAUUUAUUUGUCAUUAUAAUCUAUGUUUCCGUUAAUUUUAAAUCUAGAGCGUCACACGUACGGCCUUGAUGAUCACCAUAUAUUGUUGUAAGUAAUUGUAACCUCUUUUCUUCAAUGCUUUUCUUGUAUUCCUUAUUUUUAUUUUUCUCCUCAAUUGAUUACCUAAGUUCUUUCUUCUUUUGAAUUUGUGUGUCAUGUGUUGUAUAAGGUAUAUAACUUGGUUAUUUUUAGAUUGAAUCAAGUGUAAAGUAUUCUAUCGUCAUUUAACACCUUGCCUUUUUAGAUUAGAUGAAAUAUGAGGUCUUCUUCAUUUCUUUUAUGAG